AUGGAAGAUGACUUGAAACGUUUCUGCUUUGUCUCGGGGGUCGACAAUGAACACGACAAGAUCCUGGUGGUUGUAACUGCAUAUUUGAAGCCGCUUUUGGAUUCGGGAGAUACAGACAUUAUACAAAGAAUGUAUAAUAGAGCACAUGAACUCGUUUUUGCCGACGAAAAAUACACAGCCGUCUUUUUUUCUCAUGAAAGCAAUAUCCUUCCUUACCUGAAUUUUUGCGCAAAGGCAUACUUGAAAAUGGAUUAUUAUCUACACAAGCACGCCAAGGCUGUGCAUGUGGUCCACUCGGAUUGGUUGUCUCGUAUGGCUAUCCGUACGCUCCUGAGUUUUGUAAGCCCAAAGUUUUACCAAAAAUUUCAUUAUAGCUCCUCACUCUCUCAUCUCGCUAAGCAUCUUCCGCUCCGACAGUUAAAGCUUCCAGUUAUGGUAUAUGAAUUUGAUCGUACAGUCGAGCCACGAAUUUUUUCAAAUGCGAGCGUUCAGCAAGAAUCUUCUUUGAACAAUUCUUCCUUCCAUACCCCAAUUCAAAAUUGGUCUCGUCCUCCAGAUGCGUUGAUUGAUGCGUGCCGAGUCGUCCGGAAUUCUUUAGACGUGCAAGGGUUGUUUCGCCGAUCAUGUUCGAAAAAGCACUUGGAUAUUCUCAUUGAAUUAUACGAGAAUCAGUGCACCGUGGAUCUAGAAAGCUUUGGAGCCUUUUCUGCCUGCGCAUUGAUCAAGCACAUUUUUCGCUCAACAAGCAUACCUCUGUUUUCCAAUACGUUCAUUGAAGACCUGUCGAAGGCCCAAGAUCAAUAUCUUGAAGAAACAAAGGAGUCCCUCGUGCUUCUACGGGAAUUUGUUGAAGAAAAUAUGGAUGAGAAUUCCCAAAAGGCUGCUAAAUACAUAUUCUCUCUUUUAUCUGAAAUAGACGAGCAUCAAGACGAAAAUUUGAUGAAUUCUCAAAACCUGGUCAUUUGCAUGGGGCCAUCCUUCCUUCAGUCCAACGAUAUAGCUUCGUUGUUGAUAAUGAAAGAGAAAGAGUCAGGACCUUACUUUCGCUUUUUACAACGUUCCAUUCUGCAUUGGAGGGAAAUAUUUACAGUCUCGGAGAAUUGGGAUGUGUAUUGGUAA